CGACAAAAAAAGCACUCUUCCCUCUGUCAGUACUGCAGUGUUGUUAAGUUGUAUUACUGAGUAACAGUGUAACCAGGAUUUUUGCCCUUUUGGCCGCAAUAAAGCGCCACUGCGGGUGAAGUGGGGAUCAGAGUCAAACAUGGGCACGAACAGCCAGAGCGCCAUCGUGCAAACUGAGGAUGAUGCUCGAGCUCCUGCAGCAUGCAUAGUUUCUGUGAAAGGCUUGAAGGAAAACUGGCAGAAGUGGUCCAGUGAACACCAGGAGUACCAGAAGCACAACCCCUUUAGUCACGACACCAGGCAGAGCACGGCGGUCCAUGAGAGGGGACGGGAUGAUUAUGGGAAACCUCUGCAGGGCUCCCUGACAGAGCGACGUGGGAAGGACGCUCACACACACAUCAGCAGAGAGGUUCUGGAGCUGUGCGAGGCGAUAAGGAGCAUCGGAGAGCCAAGGGAGAAAGCUGGAGCUGGAAGUGGAAGCAAUGAGAAAGUGAUUACUGUAGAAUUUGGAAAGCUGUUUGAGCAUUAUGUGAGCAUCUCAAAUAAACUGGUUGGGAUUCUACUACGAGCAAGGAAACAGAGACUGGUUGACUUUGAGGGGGAGAUGCUGUGGCAGGGCAAGGAUGAUCAUGUAGUUAUCACCUUGUUGCAGUGACCAGAAAUGCUGAUUCACUGUGCACGCAGUACACACAGGUACGCAGGCACUUAAAUGUGGCAACUGUAGCAAAGAGCACGGGGAACUCGCUAAAUGUAAUGUGUUAAUGAGGUGAAAAUGGAGUAGCAAGCAGCUGAGAUGAGGUGAGAUUCAUUAAUGAGACUGAAGCCAAAGAGAACAUGAGGCUGGUGCUAUAGGACGAACUUGACCUGACUUGGUCUGAGUGCUUCAACAUG